AGUCAACAAUUCAGCUGCUACAAUAUCUGCUAAUAUUAAUAGCAUCCCGGUGCUUAACGGCAUGAAUUUUAAGGAAUGGAAAGAGAGCGUUAUGAUUGUUCUCGGUUGCAUGGAUCUAGACCUUGCACUUCGGACUGAGAAACCCGUCGCUCUUAAGGACACAUCUACCCUUGAUGAAAAGAAGGAGAUGGAGAGGUGGGAAUGCUCAAACCGCAUGAGUCUAAUGAUCAUGAAACGUGCAAUUCCAGAAUCAUUCAGGGGCACGAUGUACGAUGGGGCUGAUGCCAAAUCGUUCCUUGCCGAACUUGAAAAGCGUUUUGCUAAAAACGAAAAGGCAGAAACUAGCACUCUUUAGAGCAUUCUUGUUUCCAUGAAGUAUAAAGGCAAAGGGAACAUAAGGGAGUACAUUUUGGAAAUGUCUCACAUUGCUUCAAAAAUAAGUGCACUAAAGCUCAUUUUACCUGAGGAAUUACUUGUGUAUUUAGUUUUGAUCUCUCUUCCUUUUCAAUUUAAUCAAUUUAAAGUCAGUUACAACUGCAUUAAGGAGAAAUGGUCUCUCAAUGAGCUCAUUUCUCAUUGUGUUCAAGAGGAAGAGAGAAUAAAGCAAGAUAAGACUCAAAGCGCUCAUUUGACAUCUACUCCUAAGGGCAGCAAGAAAAGGAAAAUUAUGGAAGCUGUAAAUCCAGGGCCUCAAAGAAAGCAUCAUAAGGAAACUAAGGAAGAAACUAAGGAAUCUGGAUGCUUCUUUUUCAAAGGGACUAAUCGUAAGAAAAAGAACUGCACUAAGUACCACGCUUGGCGUGCGAAAAAAGGGUUGCCUGAGCUGCCGAAAACCAAUUGAUGGUGAAAGAUACAUCUAUGUCGGAGAUGGCAAGCGGGUUCAAGUUGAGACUAUCGGUGUUUUUAGAUUAUUAUUGAAGACUGGAUUUUAUUUGGAUUUGAAAGAUACAUUUGUUGUGCCGUCAUUUAGGCGACAUUUAAUUUCUAUUUCUGCAUUGGACAAAUUUGGUUAUUCUUGUUCAUUUGGAAAUAGUCAGUUUAGUCUAUUUCAAGAUUCAAAACUUAUUGGUACCGGUCUUUUAUCAGUUUAUGAUCAUCUAUAUUCACUUGAUAUAAUUACCUCAUAUAAUGAAACCUUGCAUGCGAG